UCAAUCUCAAAUUGCAAACAUCUCUCAACCAGUUUCUAUUCCAGAUAGGGAGGAGAUAGUUGAUGCAGAUGAAGGAGAAAUCCCAGAACUCGUGUACUCACCUCAAAUGGAAACAAUUGAGGAUGAAAUGGAAGACCCAACUGGAGUGAUGCAAUCACCACAAGAAUAUACAUCUGACUUUGACACAGAAGACAGUACUGAACCAGUUGACAUACCACAGAUAGACACCAUUGUUUCGGAAAAAAAAGACAAGACAAGACUAAUGCCAUCACCCCAAAGGGAGAGCACUGACGCUGAUACAGAAUGCAGUGGAGAAAAAGUUCCAACACCACAAAGUGAGUUCUUAGAUCGUGAUCAAGAAGGAUUGUCAGAAUCAGUUCCUUUACCAGAUGAGGGGACACCUGACUCAGCUAAAAAAGACAUCACUGCACCCAUGUCUCCACCACAGGUUGAAACCAUUGAAAGUAAAACGGAAGAUGUAUCUGGACGAAUUCGAUCACCACAAGAAGACAGUGUCACAAACAAAGAAAACAUUGCAGGAAAGUCGUCAUCACCACAAAAAAGGACUGGAGAGGCUGAUGCAGAAGACAUAUUUGGAGGAGCUCCUUUCCCUCAAUCAGAAACCAUUGAUUUUGAUGAGGAAGAUAUUGCAGAACUAGCUCCUCUUCCACAUGGUGAGACCCUUGACCAUGAUGCAGAUGGAAUCACAGAAUCCUUGUCUUCACCACAAAUGGAAAACCUUCAGUCUCAAGUUGAAAACAUAUUUCAACCAGUUUCUGUUCCAUAUGGGGAGGAGAUCGUUGAUGCCGAAAAAGAACAAAUCCCAGAACUUGUGUCCUCACCUCAAGUGGAAACAAUUGAGGAUGAAAUGGAAGACACAACUGGAGUGAUGCAAUCACCACAAUAUACAUCUGACUUUGACACAGAAAACAUGACUGAACCAGUUGACGUACCACAGAUAGACACCAUUGUUUCGGAAAAAAAAGACAAGACGAGACUAACACCAUCACCCCAAAGAGAGAGCACUGAUUCCGAUACAGAAUGCAGCGGAGAAAUACUUCCAACACCACAAAGUGAGUUCUUCGAUCGUGAUAAAGAGGGAUUAUCAGAACCAGUUCCUUCGCCAGUUGAAGAGACAACUGACUCAGCUAAAAAAGACAUCACUGGACUAAUGUCUCCACCACAGGUAGAACCCAUUGAAAGUGAAACUGAAGAUGUAACUAGACAAAUUCGAUCACCACAAAAGGAGGACAUUGAUGCUGACAAUGAAGACAUUGUGGGAAAGUCACCAUCACCACAAAAAAUGACAGCUGUGCCUGAUGAAGAAGACAUAUUUGAAAGUGAAACUGAAGAAACAACCGGAGAAAGUCGAUCUCCACAAAAAGAGGACACUGAUGCUGAAAAAGAGGAUAUAGCGGGAAAGUCACCAUCACUCCAAAAAAAGACAGUAACACCUGGUGAAGAAGACACAUGUGAAAGUGAAAUUGAAGAAAUAACUGCACAAGUUUCACCACCACAAAAAGAAGACAGUGAAACGGACAAAGAAGACAUUGCGGCAAAGUCACCAUCACCACCAAAAAAGACAGCAGAGCCUGAUGUAGAAGACAUAUUUGGGGUUGUUCCUUUCCCUCAAGGAGAGACUAUUGAUUUUGAUGAGGAAGGUGUUUCCAGACUAGGUCCUCUACUACAUGGUGAGACCCCUGAAGAUGAUGCAGAUGACAUCACAGAAUCUUUGUCUUCACCAAAAAUGGAAAACCCAGUACUUGUGUCCUCACCUCAAAUGGAAACAAUUGAGCAUGAAAAGGAAGAAACAAGUGGAAUGAUUCAAUCACCCCAAAAAUAUACAUUUGACUUUGAUACAGAAGACAUUCCUGAAACAAUUCACUUCCCACAGAAAGACACCACUGGUUCUGAAAUGAAAGAUAGGAGAAGCAUAACACCAGCACCCCAAAGAGAGAGCACGGACGCCGAUGCAGAAUACAUUGAAAACAAAGACCCAUCACUAGAAAGUGAAAAAGAAGGAUUCUCAGAACCAGUUCUUUUGCCAGAUGAGGGGACAACUGACUCAGCUAAAAAAUAUGUCACAGGACUAAUGUCUCCACCACAGAUAGAAAGAAUUGAAAGUGAAACUGAAGAUAUAACUGGACAAAUUCGAUCACCACAAAAGGAGGACUUUGAUGCCGACAAUGAAGACAUUGCGGGAAAGUCGCCAUCACAACAAAAAAAGACAGCAGCGCCUGAUGCAGAUGACAUAUUUGGAGUAGCUCCUUUACCUCAGUCAGAAACCAUUGAGUUUGAUGAGGAAGCUGUUUCUAGACUAGUUCCUCGACCACACGGUGAGACCCCUGACCAUGAUGCAGAUGGAAUCACAGAAUCUUUGUCCUCACCACAAAUGGAAAGCCUUCAUUCUCAAAUUGAAAACAUAUUUCAACCAGUUUCUGUUCCAGAUGGGGAGGAAAUAGUUGAUGCUGAUGAAGGAGAAAUCACAGAACUCGUGUCCUCACCUCAAAUGGAAACAAUUGAGGAUGAAAUGGAAGACACAACUGGAGUGAUGCAAUCACCACAAUAUACAUCUGACUUUGACACAGAAAACAUUACUGAACCAGUUGACGUACCACAGAUCGACACCACUGGUUCGGAAAAAAAAGACAAGACAAGACUAACACCAUCACCCCAAAGAGAGAGCACUGACGCUGAUACAGAGGACAAUGGAGAAAAAGUCCCAUCACCACAAAGAAGACAUCAGUGUUUCAGAAAUGAAAGCCGGGACAAGACCCACACCAUCACCCCAAAGAGAAAGCACUGA